AUGGAGACGUACUACGGGCACGUCCGCACACCUGCGGACGCUAUUAUUCUAUUUGAGGCUUGUCGCAUCGGCCUUUUACCACGAGUACAAAGACGACUUUCAGAAAAAGAGCGACAGUCGAUCCGAUCUGGCUCGGUCUUUGUAUGGGAUGAGCGCGAAGCGGGCAUGCGACGAUGGACCGACGGAAAGUCAUGGAGCGCAAGCCGUGUGUCGGGGAGUUUCUUGACCUAUCGGGAAAUGGAAGGCAAGCGUGGAGGUGGUGUAGCCCAGAGUUCUUUACAACGAGGGGGCAAGACUCCUGAGAGUCGGGGCAGCGAUGAAGAUCGAGGCGAUGGGACGGAUGAGGGACCGGAUGGGUACCGAUACAAGCCCGAUGGCUUGAUGAAGCAGUCUUUCAGUAUCACGACUUCCAACGGUCAACACUUGCAUUUGAUCAGCUACUACUCGCGCUCUCACCCCUCUGCCGCCAACCUUCAACAACCAACAUCCGACCCGGCGCUGCGCCAUGUCCGCCCCCAAAAGGGUCUCUACCCUGAGUCGACAGUCAAUGAUCAACAAAACCUCCCGGUCGUGACUCGCGGACCCAUGCAAGGUGCUUCCUAUCCGAUUACGCCUCAUCCCAUCGGCGCUUACCAGCGCGCCACCCAUGCACCACCAUUCCCGCAAGGCUAUGCAUGGCCCCCAACUCCCCUGGCCACACCCCCUACAAUUUCAGUUCCAUAUGGCGCCCAGUAUCUUCCCCCGAUGGCAGCCGCUGGACCCCCUCCAUAUGGCCCACCACACCACCAACCGCCGCCACAUCAACAUUCUAACCUUCCACCACCUCCACACGGGAUACCCGGUCCAUAUGAAAGGCCACCCCACGUCGAGCCGGCGCUACCCCCAGGUGGACCCCCUCAUCAGCCCUAUGUAACCCGGUCGCCGAGAUCAAUGCACGACCACUCACACGAGCAACGAAGUCCCCCGGUAUACGGGCAUGCGAUGGCUGAUCCGCGCGUAGCUUCAUCUCCGCGAGUACCAGUGCAGCCCUUGGUGCAGCCCAACGGACACACACACAGUCCCCGCCUACCGAAACAGGAGCACCCCGCAUUGCAGCCUCUCAACUCCAUCGGCACAUCACCAAAGCCCCUGGACCCGAGUGCCGGCAAUGCAGUCCCGGGUAUCAGCUCAUUGGUGAACGGCGCUGCGCUGGCUCCUCUUUCCGCAUCGACUGCUCCACCCCCUCCCAGUGCCGUAGCAAACCCGAACGGAGCACCCGCCCAGGGGUCAUCCGGCGAGGGGCCGCGCGACAUCCCGAACGAGAAAAUCGGAUUCGGAGGCGAGGACAUGAGAGCUCUGCGUCAGCUAGAUCGGGCCUUUAUCGCAUGA